UGGCCGCCUGGCCAACAGCGGAGUGGCGGCAAGAGGGGGCGCUGCGGAUCCAGGCGUGCACGACGCGGAGGAAGUGCUGGCUUCGCCGCGCGGGGCCGCCUCGGCGACGAUGUCGUCCGGGCCGGGGAGCGACAACCCCAGGUCCGGGGGCGCGCGGCGACCGCGGGAGCCCCAGGAGCAGGAGCUGCAGCGACGCUGGGAGCAGAAACGGCGGCGGCACGACGCGCAGCAGCUGCAGCAACUCAAGCACCUGGAGUCCUUUUAUGAAAAACCUCCUCCUGGGCUUAUCAAGGAAGAUGAGGCUAAGCCAGAAGACUGUAUACCAGAUGUCCCAGGCAAUGAACAUGCCAGGGAAUUUCUGGCCCACGCACCAACCAAAGGACUUUGGAUGCCACUGGGGAAAGAAGUCAAAGUCAUGCAGUGUUGGCGUUGUAAACGGUAUGGUCACCGAACAGGAGACAAAGAAUGCCCUUUCUUUAUCAAAGGCAACCAAAAGUUAGAACAGUUCAGAGUAGCACAUGAAGAUCCCAUGUAUGACAUCAUACGAGAGAAUAAAAGACAUGAAAAGGAUGUAAGGAUACAACAGUUAAAACAGUUACUGGAGGAUUCAACCUCAGACGAAGAUGGGAGCAGCUCCAGUUCCUCAGAAUGUAAAGAGAAACACAAGAAAAAGAAGAAGAAAGAGAAGCAUAAGAAAAAGAAGAAGGAAAAGAAAAAGAAGAAAAAACGAAAGCACAAGUCUUCCAAGUCAAACGAGAGUUCAGACUCAGAAUGACAAGGAGUUGACUGACUUGGUCGGCAUUCUCUUCUGCAAAAUCGAACACUGUGGCCAAAGAUGCGAGGACUGCGGAGUCCGAGAGGAACAGGAGGGACACCAAGAGAGGAAGAGCGCUGGUGGCACCGGUGCGGAUUCUCAGCCACCUUCCAGGAGAGCUGUGAGCCACAGGAGAGGGAGCGUGUCUUGCCGGGCGCUGGCUCUGGAGAGCGGCUGGUGCCGGGCUGGAAAGCUCUUCUCAUCGUCCUCCUGCCUGCUGAUCACUGUGGUCUGUGAUUCCUUAGAAAUGCCUCUGGCGGGGUGGCCAGACCAAGGGACUCCCCGAGGAAGCUCCUCCAGGUGCUGCGCUGCUUCCACCCUCCACGGUGGGCACUCAACGCCCUUAGAUUUCAGGCUUGACUUUCCUCUGUUGUUGAGGAUCAUAAAAGCUCAUUAUUUAUUUUU